AUGUGGUGCUUGCAGGAUGAUGACUUGGGGGCAGAGAGCGUGGGCACAAAGGUUGACACUUGGAUGCAGGGGAGGGUGGGCGGGGCGGACGCCGCCAUCUUGGACUCCCCGUCCCAGUGCACCCACCGCACCCACACCUGCCACCACGCCGCCCAUGCAUACACCGGUGUGCCCUGUGCUGCCUACAUUACCAGACCGAACCACCACCAUGCCAUCAAGGGGCCGGCUCGGCCGUUUCUUCCCAAAAUCGAUCGCGGCGGCGCACUGAUGGAGCCCGCGGUAGAUCUCAAGAACUUCGACCCGGGCCGACCGUUGACGCUCGAGCUCAACCACGGCGGACAGCGACAAGUCAUAGAGUUCCCGGCCAACAAGCUUGACAAGUCCCGCAAGUACCACGUCACUUUCACCAUCAAACCCAGUACACCACUAGAACUAGACGGGAACCCGCCGGCUCCGGCUCCACUGCGUCGCCCCAUGCCUGCCGGAAUCUCGGUUCAGGAGCUCCGGAAACAGCUCAGCGGCUUGUGAUCACCUCAUCGAAAUUCCCCGAUUGUUGCCUAGGUGGCGCGACUAUUCCCCAGAGAGAAAAUAUAUUCUGUUUCAGGGGGAGGAACGGGAUGUGGCGAAAAUUUCUGAACAGUAAAAAGGGUAGUGGAAUGUGGAUUGCUGAAUUCUUAUACAGUACUACUGUACUUUCCUCAUCAAAGCUUGGAUAACAUCUUGAUUUUCACUUCUGAGCACCGCAGAUUAUUCAUCCUGAGUUUGGCUUCCAGAAAAGGCUACUUGGUUGCCCAAAAAUAAGACUGAGGCUGUAUAAUCGAGAUCAAGUACACCAGUAUAUGUGACAACCCUUCAUUUUGAACGAACAUUUGAGAGGAUAAUUGAGCAAGGUGGAGGCAACAGUAUAUCAUACGCAAAUUUAUGUCAUAUUCUUGGAAACGUUGUAUUUAAAAACAGCUAGUAUGCAGCAGCCAGUCCUACAAUAAAUCAUCAAAUGAUGUCAAGUUAAUUUGGUGAACUGUAUUUAGAUUUUCCCAGAGGAGUAUAGGAGUUCAGGAGUCACACUAUUCAACUUUUUGCUGCAGAAAUUUUGCAUUCCUGCUCUGAUCAUGGCAUUUUUUAUGUCGCGUGUUUCCUGCGUUAACCCCCUCCCCAUUAUCCAUUUCUCAAUCAGCUUUGCUUGGUGAUCAAUUUUAUUGCACCCCUUGAUUUCUGGCUACCCUCCCCAAAGUUACCCUGAUGUCUAUCACCUUUUCCACCAUGAUAACCACUUGACUUAUCAUUCUCUGCUACAGCACAGCAAUUAUAUAGGAAAACAAUUCUUCAGCACAUAAAGAAAAAAUAUGUGCGGUUUGCAAAUUUCAGACACUGUAAUUUAAUGUACAGUAGAAUGUUUCAUUACAAUGAAUCUUGCUGAAUUCUUGCCAUGAAAAAUUCUUAUAAUAAAUUUCCCUGCUGCAUGUGUAUCUUGAGAGUGAGUUGAAAUUGGUAUGCUAUUUUUUCAAAAGUAAAAAAAUUAAGGUCCUAUAGGGUGCUGAGUUUGUCGAGAUUAUAUCUUGUUGAUCAAAUAAUAGUGAGUAAAGUAUAAAAAGACGUUAAUAUUUUACGAUAUCAGUAAAAACAACAUGGAAACCGUACACUGCUGUAUAUAGUUUUGAAAUGACUGAGAAACUUUGAAAGGAGUUCUUCCAAAAACUUAAUGCAUGCGGAAAGCACAUUGUUUGGACGUAAUCAAAAUGCUGGUUAUCAUGGUGAGAAGGUGCUAACAAAUUUCAUCAUAAGCUUUAUCUCGAAAAAAAUCCCCGUCUAUGAAUAUUUUUCCAUGUGCGGUAUUUAGAUUCGAGGUUACCCCAAGUUGCAAGUUCCCCAUCGACUUGCUUUUUAAAAUUCUUGAAGCAAUCCAAUUCGUUGAAAAGUAAAGUUGGGAUUGAUGGAAAUCCUUAUUCUGUUGCACGAUCAAGUUCGGUGAGAUGGUUUGAUGCCGAUUGGAAUAAAAAUGUCACUUUGUUGUCAUUUUGAAGAAAUUCAUUUUUAAAUACAUGCA